GUCCCCUUGGAUUUAAAACAUAAUAAUUAUGUGUCAACAAAAAAAAGAAGAACUAAAAAACCCCAGACCUGUAAGAAUGUGUAUUGAGGGCCCUGCUUUUUUUUUUUUUUUGUCCUGAGCACAGGCAGGAGAGGGGAGCUGAGCAGUCAGUGCCUGUGCCAGUGCAAGGCCAGCACCUGAGAGCCUCUGGCCAGCUCCCUGAACCCACCAGACCUGGGCACAUAGCCAGGAGCAGCACUGUUUGUAGUGGUGCUUCAGAUCUUCACCCCUUGCUAAAAGAUCCUUUUCCCCAAUAUUUAGUUAACGAGACCAUGUUAUUCUGAGAAAUAGAGAAGGACUGGAAAACUUCCCAAAAACUUGUAGCAGAGCUGUCUCCCCACCCAGUUGGGAGGGAGGCAGUGCUGUGGGCCAGGUUCCCCUGUCUCUCCUCCAGGUUAUCAACGUGACAGGGAUCUCCAUUGGUUCUGGCUUAGCCUCAGCAUGUGACACUCUGAUGACCCAGACAUAUGGCAGCAAGAACCUGAAGCAGGUGGGCACCAUCCUGCAGCGGGGCAUCCUCAUCCUGCUGCUGUUCUGCUUCCCUUGCUGGGCUCUCUUCAUCAACACCGAGAGGAUCCUGCUGCUCAUCCGACAGGACCCCGAGGUCUCCAGGUUAACUCAGCUCUACGUGAUGAUCUUUAUUCCAGCACUUCCUGAGAUCAUUAUGCCUCAGGUGGUGACAGGGAUCGCAGCCAACAUCCUCAAUGCAGCCAUGAACGCCUUCCUCCUCUAUGCUCUGAAGCUGGGCAUGGUGGGCUCUGCCUGGGCUAAUGUGGUUUCUCAGUACACUGAGGUCAUCCUGCUCAUCCUCUACGUGUGGUGGAGGAAGAUCCAUGUGAAGACCUGGGGAGGCUGGAGCAGGGAGUGCCUCGUGGACUGGGGCUCCUUCAUCUGGCUGGCAGUGCCUGGCAUGGUCAUGCUGUGUAUUGAGUGGUGGACCUUUGAGAUUGGGAGCUUCUUGGCUGGGCUGAUCAGUGUGGUGGAGCUGGGUGCACAAUCUGUCAUCUACGAGCUGGCCUGUGUCGCAUACAUGGUGCCUCUGGGCAUCAGCGUGGCUGCGAGUGUCAGAGUGGGGAAUGCCUUGGGAGCAGGGAAUGUGGAGCAAGCCAAGACCUCCUGUAUCACUGCACUGCUGUGCACAGGAGUUUUUGCUGUGGUGGUUGCAGCAUUACUGGGGAGCCUGAGGAACGUGGUGGGAUACAUCUUCACCAAUGACACGGAGAUUGUCAGCUUGGUGUCCAAAGUGAUGCUCAUCUUUGGUCCGUUCCACUUGCUGGACGCGACAGCAGCCACGUGUGGCGGGGUGCUGCGGGGCACGGGCAGGCAGAAGCUGGGCGCCAUCGCCAACGCCGUCGGCUAUUACACCAUGGGCUUCCCCAUCGGCAUCUCCCUCAUGUUUGCAGCCAAGAUGGGGGUGUUAGGUCUGUGGGUUGGGAUGAUCAUUUGCAUCUCCGUGCAAGCCCUUUCCUUCUUGGCCUUUGUCAUCCGCAUGGAUUGGAGGAAAGCUGCAGAGGAGGCUCAAGUCCGAGCUGGAAUGAAAGAACAAGUGGAAGAUGUGAACUCCAAUGGCACAGCUGCUAACAAAACAUCUGCUGUGGGUUACACCUCCCUCGACACAGACACUGGGGACACCACAGUCCUGCCCGAGGGCAUCGUGAUGGGUGAGAGGCAGCCUGACCACGAGCUCAGCACACAGGAGGAGCCUGUUGUUGUCCCUGUCCUUCCCCCUGUGGCGUGGAGAGCUGUGCUGCUGCGCCGUGUGCUGGCUGCUGCUGCUGCCAUCGCUGUCCUGCUGGUGGGAAUCCUGGUCCGGCUCCUGACUGGCAAUGGCUAAAGCCAGGGACGCUGGGGAGCUGUGCUGGAGCAGGAGGGCACGUGGCAAUGUCCCAGAGGAUGGUGUGGGGAAGGAAUUCCCCCAUGGUGCCUUACAAAAAGUGCCUUUGCACGGUUUCUGGUUAACUCACAGUUUUAUCCCACACGCAGAGUUCUUCCAGGGGGUGAGGAUGUGACACCUGGAAAAAAAAAAAAAAAAAGUGCUUGGGAGCUGGUUCCUCCUGCACUGCACUGGGAUGUCACUUGUGGGAGGUGGGAGUGUAUCCUGGGGCUGACCUGGGAAGGAGGCAGGGUCCUGGUGCUGCUGUCCUGCUCUCUGGGGACACUGGACCGUGUCAUUUGUUCAUGGCAGAAGCUCCUGCUGCCCACUCAGCACAUUUCCUCACAUGCCAGCCUGUACCAGCAUCUUGGGGUGGCACAUCCCACUGGCAUCCACAGAACAAAAUGGAUUUUGCUAGAAGAGGUGGGACUCUGCUGUUGGGUGCUCGCUGCUGGCCCUGACCCUGCUCUCCCUCUGCAGGGUGGGCACAGGGCCUAAAGCAACUCUUCUUUGCACUUUUGUAAGGUGGGAUUUUGAUACA